CGGCUGACCGGGUCGCACGUGUGUGCGUCUCCACCCAGGUGUGAUUAGUGAGGGCCACCCCCUGUCCCACACUGGCGAGCAGGGGUGAUUGGCGAGCCCCACCCCCGUCCCGCACUGAUCUCUCGGAUCGCGGCGGACCGCCUGACCUCGCUCGCCACCGCUGCACGCGCGGCACGACACCACUGUUGCCACCUGUGCCUGCCGCUCGACCAUGGAGCUGCGCCUGACGCUGCUGCUCUGCUUGCUGCACCUGGGCUCGACCGCCGACCUCUCUGGGGGCGGUGACCUGCACAAUGUGCAGUCUGACCAGCCGCGGCCUGGCAGGGCCGACGCCAUGUGCCAGUUUAAUGAGAAGGAGCUGCACACGACGGUACGCUCCGCCGCCGUGGCAGCGCUCCAGGGAGUCUGCAAUCCAGUGGAGAUGGAGGCCCGUCUGAUGGCCAUCGAGCAGCGGCUGGGCGACCGGCUGGAGCAGAUGAAGGAGACGCUCACGCGUCUGCUGCUGGACCACGUCGUCUACGACUACGACGAGGAGGAAGAUUCGUCCGCCACCGAGCGGCACCGCUACUCCGGCGGCGGCGACUCCAGCGGCGACUCCGACCAGGCCCAGCUGACGCACUACGCCGGCUUCCGGGCGGGAGGCCGUGGAGUGGCCGCCACCGGCCAGCGCACCUCCUACAAGAGGUACGGCGCCCGGUCGUCAUCGCAGGCCGCCGGCGUGCGCUCGGCCUCGUCCCAGAGCGGUCGCUCGCGCUCCUCCUCCCAGACCAGGAGUGCGGCAACCUCGGCCGCUGAACGGCAGACGUCCGACGGUGGCGCCGCCUAUAACGGCCAGCGGCAGACCCUGAAGCGGGAGGGCGGCGGCGGCACGUACCGGUACGGCCAGGCUCGGCGCUACGGUGGAGCCGACUCCAAACGCUACGGCGGUGGCGGAUCAGCGGCGCAGGGCGACAGCUUUCAAUACGAGGCGUACAACGCGUCCGAGUCGGCGCCCAGCUCUGGCACCCGCCAGAUCAGCUCCGCGUCGGCGGCGUCUCACAGCGGCCGCGGCAAUGUGGUGCGCUACCAGACGUCCUACACGCCGACUGGGCCUAUCGACGCUUACGCUGCAUUCAACGCCCAAGACAGGCGUGCGUCCAGGUCGAACGUGGGCAGACUGCGUGGUCGGCGUCAGCAUGCCAAGCGCAGGGGUCAGCGAGUGACCGACACUGUCAGUCACGUCUCCGGCUCGGAGAGCGCGCUGCGCUCGCGUUUCUGGGAAAUCAACACCUACAACGAUACAGUCUACGAACUCAACGGGAAGCGAAUGUAUUCCUACUAUUGGGAAGUAAAGGACUUCCCGACGAUGAUGGCGACCUGGGAGGACCGACACUCGCUGCGGAGUCCCAGCUUCUACAUCUACCAGGGCGGCUACCGCAUGUACAUCAGGGUGUUCCCCAGCCGGCAAGGAGGCAACGUGUACCUCCACACCGGACUCACUCCAGGAAGGUACGACGAGCAGCUGUCGUGGCCGUUCCGCCUGCGCCUGCGGCUGUCGCUGCUGGACCACUCGGCGCUGGCGCACGACAUCCGCAGCCGCGUCUGGAACCCGCGCGAGCUCUGCAGCGGCUGGAACUGGCGCCGGCCCAAGGGCAAGGACAACUACGAGUGCGUGGGUCUCGGCUUCCCGCAGCAGCUGCUCUCCACGAGGCGCUUCGUGCUGGACGGCAGCGUGCUCCUCAAGCUGGACGUCUUCCUGGAGGAGUAGUCAGGCCGCGUGCGGCCAGCGCGCGUGCAGACGAGCGGCCAGUCGCGUGACAAAGAGGCGAUACGAGCGUUUUGGGGGAGGCUCGCAGAUUGGGAGCCGGUCUGGGAUGCUGCGCAUCAUGGCUGGCUGGCGUAGCGAAAACCGGCCGCAGGAAAGUAUGUGCCGUCUUGCAUUUGGAAAACAAUCCGUUGCCGUGAAAUGCAGACGAACCAGAUGAAUGGUAUUCAUCCAACUGAACUUUCUGUUAAAAUCUGAGAGAUUGUGGUAGGAUGGCACUGGGGUGCAUGUGCUUUGGAGAAUAACGGAAGCUACAUUUGCGAGUAAGGGCUUAGAGAGAGCAUGCUUUCUGCAAGAUUAUAAUUACCGUGUCUGGUGAGUGUAUCGAUCAACGAUAUGAAGGAUGUAGUGUAACUCCUAUCGUAACAAAAUAUCGCUAAUAUUAGGUAUAGAUGCCGCAAUGCCAUUCUUAAAAAAAGCAUCGAGUUUAGCAUAUGGUCGUCAUUUACUUUCUGAUUUGCGAGGUGAUGUCCUCCGUAAUUUAUAUUCAUGCCCUAUUGUCGUAUGCAUAUUUGUGUAAUAAGCGACUGUGCAGCACACAUGCAAUCACGCAUUGUGCAACAUCCUUUCACAAUAUAGCUCAGAGGUCUCUUGAGCCAUCAUUCAUUUGAACUGUAUGCAUGUUCUAGUUUAGAGUUGUGUUGGCUUCUAAUAUAUUUAUGACACAAGUG